AUGGACCAGUACCACUUCAGCGACGAGAUCACCAUUCAUUCGGAGAUGCAUCUCCCUGGAUUUUCAGAAAGUCAGGGGCUGAACUGCAGUGACACUCUCAACCACGAUUUGUGUCUAAAUACAAAAGACAUGACGUAUGCAGGCCUGAGCGGCUUAGAUAUGGUUCCGGGCCUUUCAGCUGCAGAUAUGGCCAGUGAUACUUUGGAGGCCAAUUUAAAUGGACUCUCCUUGUAUUCAGUGAAGGACUGUGAUUCUGUUAAACUCCUUGAAGAGUCUGACUCUGACUCACAGCCUUCUUUGCGUGAACUGGGGCUUCCCACACUUUCAGGAUCUAAGGAAGUUGAACAAGGAGGCAGAUCCAGUUCUGGUACUGCAAGGAAAGGAAAGCAUCAGCACAACUCUCCUCAGACCUCGUUCCUGGAUUGCAGUCUCUGUGGGAAGGUGUUCAGCAGUGCCAGCUCUCUUAGCAAACAUUACCUGACUCAUAGCCAGGAACGGAAACACGUCUGUAGAAUCUGCAGCAAAGCUUUUAAACGGCAGGACCACCUGAGCGGGCACAUGUUGACACAUCAGAAAACAAAACCUUUUAUGUGCUCAGAAAAAGGCUGCACUAAGAGUUACUGUGAUCACCGUUCAUUACGCCGGCAUUAUGAAGUGCAGCAUGGCUUGUGCGUCUCGAAGGAGACUCCUGAUGAAGAUGGUGGUGAGGAAUCGCUGCUUUCUCACAGUACAUUUAUCCAAGCAGGACAAGGCAGCGUGAGGGCUACGGAAAGAUUGGCUGUGCACUCGGAGUCCAAGUCAGAUUCUUCUCCACCCAGCAGGGAUCUACUGAGAUGCAUUGUGAACAACUUUGUAAAUCAGAAGCUUCCAUCAGCUCCAUUGUCCUCUGCAGAGCACACAAAUACUGAUUUAACAGGCUCGUGGCCACCCUGUUCCUCUUCAGCCAGCCAGGUCUCUUGCAUUGCUUCGAGCGCUAGUGGACUUGUUGAGGCUGCAGGUGGUGACAUUUUGAAGAAUCACCUUCCUUGCCAAAAGAGUGCUGCUUCUUCCAAUGUAUAUGCUAUAAUAAAUCCUGGUAAUGUAUCUGUAAUUGCACCAGGUGAGAACAUAGUUACAAAUUUGACUGAUAGAUCUUUGAUGCCAGAGCCACAGUUCCCCCUGGAGCCCACAGGGCUUGAAUAUUGUCCUAACAAUACUCUACCUUGUUUUCCCAUGUUCAGAGGGCAGAAGACGUCUGCAAACUCUUACCCGCCAAGUGGUAACUUUCAGUGGAUGAAAAACAUGCCAGUUUGUGCUAAAAACAAAAGGAAUAGCGUCUGUGUUGCUCACAAGCCAUCUGUUGUAGCUCAGGAUGUUUCAGAGGGGUUAGCUGGACCUUCCCACACAUUCUCAGCCUUUCCGCAGACCUAUGAGUGUCCAGACACUUUAUCUUUCACUGUUGCACCUUUUAAAACCGAAGAGGAAAUGUUGGGUGAAUCAGCGCUUGGUUGUUCUGAGGAAACCUUUAGGUCAGCAAGAAGCCAUGAGUCUCAUCUGUGGGAGAGCUGUGGGGAGUUGAAUUUUCAGGACAUUCAAAAGCAGAAUGUGUUCCAGAGUGAGAGCAGCCCUUUAGUCAGGCAGCUUGUCAUGAAAUCUCAGGAGUCUGUGGUGAGCCAGGAGCAGGUGCAAGUGCAGCAGCACCUGUUUCAGAUGAUAACCAAAUCUCAGCAUAUUCUGUCUCAUGCCCAAAUGGUGGCUCCAUCCCAGCUAGUGACUUCUGAGGCUAAACACAUGGCACCAAAACCACUCCAAACAGUAUUUCAGCAGCCGCCUCACUUGACUCACCAUCUUUCAGAGCCAACAGAAUAUGAAGGGUCUUCCACGUACCUGCAGAAGAGCAUAACCCAGUUUCAGAAGGACAUUUUAUCAGAUAGUGAGGAAAGAGGACAGCAAACAGUCCCAACUUUUCAGUCCCUUCAGCCAGGACUUGUGAAAGAAUGUGUAGGAUUAAAAGAUGCCUCUAUUCCUAGUCAACUACAGUCUGCAAUGCAUGACAACGCCAUGGGAUACCAUUCAUAUGGGAAGUCAAAUCAGCUAGAAAACAAGCCUUCGGUAUCUAACAGAAAAGAGAAAAGUAAAGGUUGUAGCAAAGAAAUGGGCGGAAAAACACAGUCGGGUGUUGGUAGAUCUCGACGUUUGCCUGGUAUCCGUAAAGAAAAACUGAAAUUUGACAUGACUUGCGCAGCUUCCCCAAGUCAAGUAGCUAUGGCGUCCUUCUCGUCAUCUGGUCCUUCCUCUACUCCUGUGUUCAGGGAGAAGCCCAGGCUGACCAUUUUCAAUAGGAUUCAAGGUGGAAAUAUCUACAGCCUUACUAACACAGUAAAGGAAGAAAGUUUGUCAGCUGGGUGUAAUAAGGCCAGCAGUAUUCCUGCAGAUGGAGGCAAAUAUGAAAGUGAUUUUCUUUGCAAGAACUGCAGUCAGCUGUUUUAUACUGAGAAAGGUCUGGAGAGCCAUAUGUGUUUUCAUGGUGAACAAUGGUAUUCACCAGAAAGGAAGGAGGAGCAGCAGGUAAAGGGAAAAAUAAGAUCCAGAAUCAUGGUGCUACUGAAAGUCCUUCAGGUGCACGAUGCAGAAAACGUAAACGUUCAGAAACUGUUGCUCAAGCCAACAGGAGAUGGAAAUAGUCCCUCAAGAACUGAGAUGUAUUUAGAAGAUGUAACAGUGGCUCCUCUGGUGAUUCCUGUCUCAGUACCUGUGACGACUACAAACCCGCAAGCAGGGAAUGAAGUUAAUGAAGAGGAAAGCCAGGAUGCGAAGGACCUCAAAGAAAGCUUGCACCAAAAAAAGAGGAAGAGGCAAACUCGGCCAAAAUCGCUUUUUAUCCCACCUCCACCUUCUUCUGAAGUACAACCAGGGAUGGGAGGAUGUUACCAAAGUAAUCUUCGUUCACCUGUGUUCCUGGUUGAUCAUCUCCUGAGAGACUUGUUCCAGUGCUCUCCUUACACCCCACCUCCAAUGCUCAGCCCAAUAAGGGAAGGAUCAGGGCUUUAUUUCAGCACUCUCUGCUCUUCUGCUAAUGGUGAUCCCAACCAGCUGUUCAGUACUGUAUUAGACAGAAUGGACAGAGACUUUGGAUUUUGCCUUGUGAAGGAUAACACCAAAAUCAGCAUUGAGCCACACAUUAACAUUGGAAGUCGAUUUCAGGCAGACAUACCAAACCUCCAGGAUAGAUCGUACUUAGAAAAUGAUGAGCAGGCAGCCUCGUUAGUGUGGAAGCCCUGGGGAGACAUCGCAACUAACCAGGAAACACAGGACAGAGUAACAGAACUGCUGAAUAUGGCCUGCUCCAGUGUAAUGCCCGGUGGAGGAACUAACCUAGAACUAGCCUUGCAUUGUCUGCAUGAAGCGCAAGGCAAUGUUCUGGAGGCCCUGGAGAUGCUGCUCUUUGGAGGGCCCCAGAAAUCUGAAUCCCAUCCUCUUGCUAAUUACCGUUACGCAGGUUCGGAUGUUUGGACACCUGUUGAGAGGCAGUUGUUUAAAAAGGCUUUUUGUGUACACAAGAAGGAUUUUUACCUGAUACAGAAGAAGAUUCAGACUAAGAAUGUGUCCCAGUGUGUUGAAUAUUACUAUAUCUGGAAAAAAAUAAUAAAAUUUGACUACAGUCGAGUUCAAGUAAUAGAAAAAAAGGUCAAGAAAGACAAGAAUGAGUUAGAAAAGACUGAAGAAAAGACUGCUUGCAGCCCUCCCAAAAGACAUGGUCAUCUGCCUAAAGAAAGCAUGAAGAUGAAGCAAAAGAGUUAUAAAAAGAUGCCCCACAGUACAUGGAGUCCAUCCUGCAGCCUGAAAGGAUCUCCAUACCAGUCUGGAAGUACAGACGAUCAGUGUGCAUUUCCAUGUAGAGAGUGUGAAAGGGUUUUUGACAAGAUAAAAAGUCGAAAUGCUCAUAUGAAAUGCCAUCGCCUGCAGGAGCAGGUAGAGCCUCUCAUGAAGAUAAAAUGGCCCUUGAAACAUUUUAAAAAUGAAGCAAAGAUGGAAGAAACCCAGACGUUGACCUCCUCCAGUGGUAACUGGGAAACUACAAUUUCAGAGUAGCAAUGAGGUUAGUUUUCUCUGUUUAGAAAAUACAUAAGCAUUUUCUAGCAUCUGAGCAGUUGUUGCACUCUGAGGAGGAUUAGAUGACAUGAUGUUGCCCCCACUCUCCAAUUUAAUCCAUCAGUAGCACAGCAGUAGUUGCACCAAUGCUGAAAAACAAUCUCAGCUUUUCCUAGCACAGAAAAGCUCUCGGUGAAGCUGCAGAGAAAAUUUAGUUCCUGCAGAGAACAUUCUCUCAAGGAUUUCAGGAAGAAAAGCUGCAACUUUUUGUGUGUAGAAUUAUUUAAAAGCUUAUUUGGAUUUUCUCAGCAUUUAGCACCAAUGGUUGGUGUCAAGUUUGACAAAAAGGAAUGUAAAGGCAGCAAAUGUCCUCACUUAUAUCAACACUGCAAAGAUAUGUGUGUUAAAUUAAGUAUGCAUGCCUGGCAUUAAAUUACAAUUAUGCAUGGUUCAAAAAAAAUAAGUAGUUGUUAAUGGCUGUAAAAUAGCUGUUGUACAAAUACUAGAAGCUCUUUACUUCUGCUUUUGUUUAAUUAAAGAAGUCCCCUUGCCUCCAUUAAAAAGAAAAGUUAGAUGCGCUUAGCCUUUACUUUUUACUAUCAGUUUCAGGAUUUGGUGGUUGUUAGAAGGAGAGAGAAUAGGGAAAUCAAUGAGAAAUUGUCAUUGUAUUUAAUAUCCUGUUUUGCCAUAAAGUGGUAGUCAUGCACAGCAUUUCAGAUUUAGAAUAUAGACUCUUCUGAUCCAUGUUUUUUUUUUUUUCAAAUGUGCUUUCUACAUAGCUCAUUAAAUUGGGUUCUUGAAUAGCAGAUGUAAAAGUUCCUGGACUACUCUUGCUGGUUAUACUAUAAAUAAUUAAAGCAAAACUUGUUAUACUUGGUUGGUGGUCCGAAUGCUGCAUGCUACGUCAACAUUAGUCUUGAAAGAAGUAGCUGAGCAUGUACUUCAGCAAGUCCAGUUCCUCUCAGUCAGGUGGCAGGUGGAUGUCAAGAUAGAUCCUGAAACGGUUUUGAAAGUUAAAGUUCUGCCGACUUGAGACCGCAAACCAGUUGAGUCUCAGGACUGAUUCAAGACUGUAAUUUCCCAUUACAUCAUAGCUACUUCAGUCUUCACUUUCCAGUCCAAAUGCAAACAUUUCUUUCAUCUUGCUAUCACAUAAUACAGUAUACAAGUCAUUGGCAUUUCUGUCUUGGUAUUUCCAAUAGGGUGAGGAAUGGAGCAGGAGUUGCAUGUGAUAUGUUCUAUUUAUUCUAUCGCUGGAAAGUGCUCAGACACUGUAGUGAUAAACGUGGUAGAAGAGCCAGAACGUGGUUAAACACGUUUGAUCUGCCAAAAAUAUUCUUAAUUAUCUAGCAGAAUCACCGAUAGUAUUUCAUAAUAUUUAAAGCACCAUAUCCAGUUGUGUAUUAUUGCACAAAUUUGUCUGUUAUUUUAUUUGCAUAAAUAACACAACCUUGCUAAACUGCAUUUGGUAGUUAAAAUUGAGGUUUUGAUGAGUUCCAUGAAUAAAAUAUAAUUAAGGGGUCUUUUCUCCACUGGGAGGGAUAAAAGGCUUUUUGUUGCCAGGCCACAAGAUUUCAUGGCUUUGUUUUGUUUUAAUUUUUGCAAGGCUGAAUACUGAUAUUCAAUACAAACAAAUCUUUAUUCCGGUCCCACUCUCAGCUCCAUUCUCUCAUUGAAGGAGCAAUAUUCAGGUCUGGGCCGUGAAAACUUGUUCACCCAAAGCAGAAAGAGGCUUCGCAGAGUAGGUACAAACUCUGUUCCUUCUCUUUUCAUAAGUUACGUUCUUAUAUUUAAAAGAAAAAGAAAAAGUCAAACAUUUUUUUUCUAGCCCUUAUGAUUUCAAAAGGAAACAAGCUGCCUUCUGAAAAGGGCCUUAAACAGAGCUUUGGCAGGAAUUUUCCUUGUCUCGGUGUGCUGUUCGCUGGGAAGUCCACCACUUAGGCUGCAUCUAUUCACAGAAAUUUCAACACUGACUAAAAAAUGAAUGGUGCAGACCUCCAUGUGGGUAAGCACAAUGGCUUAACCAAGAUUUUCAUUCUUUGGGAGGAAAUGCAGGAAAAGUUUCAGCUGUUCCUGCUCCUGCCCCUGAGAAAGGCCUCCAUAUGCUACUUGAAUGUAUACUACGUAAACUACAGGUAGUAUACGACGUAUGUACAGGCUGGUGUUACCUUCCCAGUGUAGUGAUCUGCUGUACGAUGCUAAAGGCAGCCAGGGCGGACAGCAUUCUUCUAAAGCUGUUUUGCUUGAAUAAUGAGCAACCCUGCCAGCAGACAGGAAAGUAGUUUUGAGGAAUGACAAUUUUAACAUUAAUGCAACAGAAAUAAAAUUGCAAAACAGUAAACAGCGGGUGUUUUCCUUAAAAAAAAAA